AUGGCAGUGGCCAAUUGUGCUAAGCAUUGCGGUUACUGCUGUCAAACUCCCGAAUAUUCCUGUACCAACAAACAAUUUCCAAGAACAAGAUGCGAAACCGUGACUGCCGCUCAGUGCCAGGCCCCCCAGUGGCGUCAAAUUUUGGCCGAGGACUGUCCCGCCGUGUGCGGCUUCUGUCUUGCUGGAGGAUGCGUUGAUACAGAGAUUGAAUGCGCCAAUGACCCAUCCAUUUGCAGAAAUAUUGAGAUGCAGGAUUUCGUGAAGGUCCUUCAAUGUUUUAGCACUUUUCGAUAAUC